AUGGCGACCACGGCCGUCAAUUUCUCGCACAUUUGCCUCACCGAAAAGCAAAUGAUGGUGCAUGGGACUGAGCUCGAGUACAAUCUACAAAGGUACAUCUACCCGGCGAUCGCCACUUUCGGCAUCAUGGGAAACGCGCUGAAUCUGACGGUGCUGCUGAAUCGAAGCAUGAGAUCAAGAGCGAAUUCCUUCUUGGCCGUCCUCGCAUUCGCCGACAUCAUUUUUCUGUCUCUUGUUCUUCCGAAUGUUUUCGCAAACUACGGGAUUUUUGUCUUCAAUUACUACUUUCGAUGGAUUUAUUUGACGACGAAAAUCCAUUUGAUAGCAAUGGCAAAUUGGUCGUCAGCGGUGGCGAUUUGGUGUAUCAUCUCGGUGUGUGCCGACCGCCUAUGGGGAAUACGAAAUCCGUUGUACGCGAGAGAUUCGUGGCCUCGAUGGAAGAUGCCCGUCAUGAUCAUCUCAAUCGUUUCAAUCACCGGAAUUCUCACUUUCUAUCAACAUUUCGAGCAAUUCUGCCCAGUUAGGGAGUACUGUAAUAGAACACAAGUCUACUCGAGAUGUCAAAGUUCGACGGGAGAUAAACUCUUCGGUCGACCAAAUCCCCAUUCGAUCGAAUGGAGAAAUUUCAUCUCAUUCUGUGUAAUGAUGUAUCCAAUGAUGAUGAUCAUUUUCCCGAUCAUUCUUUUGGUUGUUCUCAAUAUGAUGCUUAUUUGUGCGUUGCGGAGAAGACAGAGAAAUCUCUUGAUGGGAGGGCAUUGCUCGGAUACAAGAAGAUCAGCCGAGGCAUCGAACUUCUCAAAAACGGAGCAUAGAGUGACUUUGACUGUCACUUUCAUUGUGACAAUGUUUACAAUUACAAAUGGACCCUCAGCUCUUGAGUAUAUUGUGAGAAAAGCCUAUUCACUUCAACAACAUGAAUAUUAUGAUGCUACAGUGAUUUGCACAACAUUGGUGAUCUUCGGAAAAGCGUCAAACUUCAUCCUUUUCUGUCUCGGCUCUAAACAUUUCCGUUUGCGAUUGAUCAAGUUAACACAGAAGAAAGUCAACAAGAAAAUCGAGAACUUCUCAACGACAUUCCUCGAUCGACCAUCGUUCAGAAGAAAUUCCGUGCCAAGUCUAACAAAACAUUCAUCUCUUUUGAGUGAUUCAAACAACAAUGGCUCGAGCGAUCUCGAGAAGAAACGCUCACAUUCGAAGCCGAGCCUCGGUGUCAAAAGUGCUCCGAAUCCCGAUCAAUUGAGACAAUUAAAUGGUCGUAGCAAUAGCAUGGCUCCGUUGGCUCGAAUGGAACGAUUCGCUCAUUAUGAUAACAAUUCAUCGGAACUCCAUCAACCACUCAUUCACAAUAAUUCGGGCAGUAACACUGAUGAACUUCAU